UGUCACACGCCGCAGCACUUAAGGCAGCAUCGCCAGCACCCCCCCUCACCCCUACCCCACACCACACACACCGCCAUCAUGUCCGACGACGACUGGGACGUUGACGUCGACACCCCGUCGACCUCGACCCCGCAGCCGACCAUCGCGCUGCCCAAGCCCACGCAGAACAAGUGGGCCGGCGAGGACGAGGAGGAGGACGACUGGGACGUGUCCGAUUCCGAGAAGAAGGCCGCCCCCGCCCCCAAGACGGGCGCCACCGCGGCCCCGCCCAAGAAGAAGAUGACGCUCAAGCAGAAGCUCGCUGAGAAGGAGCGUCUGGCUGCCGAGGCUCGCGAGCGCGGCGACACCAACGACCUCAUCGACGAGCGGACAGAGCAGGACAGGCGGCGAGAGGCGCGCCAGAAGGAGCUGGACUCUGACCUGGCCGUCGCGUCCGACCUGAUGGGCGACCUGUCUGUGGACCGCAGCGAGGCGCUCAAGGCGGUCCUCACGGCCAAGCCGGUGACCAAGGCCGACUUUGCCGAGCUGAGCCGCAACAUUGUCGUGGCCAUCACGAGCAAGCACGAGACCAACGGGCUGUACCCCGGCUUUGUGGAGCAGCUGGCCAAGGACCUCGUCGAGUCGCUCUCGGCCGUGCAGACGCGCAAGGUGUCGUCGUCGCUCUCGGUUAUCGGCAACACCAAGCAGCAGGAGGAGCGCGACAAGGCGUCGGGCAAGAAGAAGGGCGGCGCGGCCAAGCCCAAGCUCGGCGCCACCAAGGCGCUCGGCUCAAAGGUCGACACCGAGGCGUACGACGACGUCCUCGACGACGACGACUUUAUGUAGAGUGGUACAUUGCAUGUAGCGCGAAUGAGCGGCGGGCGUAGCCCGGCCGCUCUGGCAUUGGCCUAG